AUGUCUCUUUGGCAACACUAUAGAGCACUUUUAUACAAGAAUUGAAUCCUAUGGAAGAGAAGACUGUGUGGUUCAAUCUGUGAAUUUCUCUUUCCUAUCGCUUUACUAAUUGUUUUACUACUUAUAAGAAGUGCAGUGAGCUAUACAGAUUAUGACAAGCACUCUUACCUUUAUAAAUCAGCUAUGACUGUCUCCUAUGACGGCAACAACUACUUUGGCCAGUAUUUCGACCCAAUAAUUAAAAUUCCAGACUUUCCGAAAGACCACGAAAAUUACUAUAGAGACUACUUUCGUAAAGAUGACAGAUGGAAAAUCGUUUUUGUCAACGAAUAUAAAGACCCAUAUUCAGAAACUAUCAUUACUAAACUGAUAGAUAAAAUCAAAGUUGAAGGUGAUGGCACAGGCUAUCCUUAUUUAGUUGACCGCUUUGAUUCUGAAGAUGACUUACUCCCUCUCCCGUGAGCGACAGCGCUCAUAGGGGUAAAUUUUUUUAAAAAAAUUUUUAAAAAUCCCAAUUCGAAAAUCCCUAUUUAUUGCUAAAAACUACUUCUGUAGCAAAAAAAAUUGUUUUAUGAAAAAAAAUUUGAUAUAUGAGUGAUAAUUAUGAUAAUAAUCUAGUUAAUUCUGUUGAAUUUUAAACAGCUUUCACUUUUAAAACAUAAAUUCGCAAAUUAAAUAAUUUUUCGCCUUCCAAUUCUUGCAAAUGGUUUGCUCGCUGAAAGAGAGGGUAGUUAGAAAACUAUAUUACCGAUAGUGACUAUGAAGAUGAUGACAAAAUUUGUUUUGCUGUCGUCUUUUAUAACAUAUACAGAACAGAAAAUCCAUUCUUUUGACAAUUUUGAAUGUGAGGUCUGGCUUCAUCCAGCGAAUUUAUUCCGGCUUUGAUGGUGUAUUUCGCCGUAUAAAUAAAAUGGCGUCUCGGCCGGGUAUUGACUUCGGAAAUGCAGCUUCUAGUAUUUUAUUUAUAUCCGCAAGGGCUUGCCAGCCCAGAAAUUGACAGUAAUACUAGUUAAGCAAUUCUGGCAAUGUGCAGAGUCUAGUACUCGUCCGCUUUCAGGAUUGGAUUUUACUUCGAGGAAAGAGGGUUCAGAGUUGGAAAGUCAAGCCUAUCAUCGUCUACAGAUAACGCCUAGACCAUUCGGGCAACAUCCUCGCGUGAAUCUGGGAGUUACGCCCUAGACUUUGAAUUUUUUUCCUUUUCCGAAAGUCCAUUUUUUUGGGAAUUUGUGAAUCAUCAUUGACUCAAACAAGUUCUCCCUGUCGUUGCAAAGAGGCUGAAUCUCCCUGGAGAUCUUUGGAGACUGCGUUCCCAAUAAGUUUAGGUUUAAGAUAGUGUAUUACGCCCGAGGGUGCACAACUUAGGACGUAUUUCCCUUAAGGUGUUCAAAGAGAAAUGGAAGGAUAAUUGUUGAAUUUCAAAGACGAAAACCCAAAAAUCUAUUCAGACCAAGACUACCAUGUUCACAGCCGCAAGGGAUCAUCUGAAUUAGAAAAGUAAGUCCAUAAAAGUGAUGCAUUAAUGGGCUUUAAACGCUUAAGAAUUAUAACUAAUUAAGUUUAGGUCGUCUUUUAUAGCAAAGACUCCAAAAAUAUUAAAUAUAGCUUCAGAUUUAAUACAACAGAAUCAUACGGGUCAGGAGGAAGGAAUUUGGGCGACUUUAUAGAUAUUUUUGAUUUUCUAAACCAUCAAAAUGUUGAUAAACUCAUCAGAGAGCCACAGCCUAAAUUCCAGUACCAGUAUAUUGGCACCAACUUCAUGCAUAUGAUGAACUAUAUAGAUAACAUUAUUCUUCAAGAUGUCUCUUCAAAUUCAAAUGCUUAUUUCGCAGCUGGUUUUGUUCCAAUGUAUUAUGAUGACUAUACUUCUGAUGGGUUUAUUUCAGCUAUUUCAGGGCUUCUCCCAUUCUUUGUAGUCAUCUCUUAUUUAGUUCCAGUAUGCAGAAUGUUGUCUUUAAUAGUCCAGGAAAAAGAAUACAAAAUCAAAGAAAUGAUGAUGAUUAUGGGACUUUCUAAUAAAGCUUACUGGCUUUCGUGGAUUACUUAUUAUUUGUCAAUAUACACAAUAAUCGCAAUCGUUGGCGCUAUAAUAUCAGUCGGGCUUUUCAAAUAUAGUGCUCCAGGCAUGAUGUUUUUACUUUUCUGGCUGUAUGGGAUUAGUUGUAUGACUUUCAGCAUUUUUAUCAGUAUGUUCUUUUCCAAGUCUCGUAGUGCUGUAAUGUUAGGCCUUAUGGCUUUUCUGAUAAGCUAUUUUAUAAGUUUUGCUGUCACUGAUCCUACUUUAGAUGAGGGUAGCAAAACUGCUGCAUCAUUAUUACCUAAUAUUGCUUUAACUUUAGGAUGUGAUGUUCUCGCACAAAUGGAAAAUGGUCAAGUUGGAGUCCAAGAUAGCAAUACAGACUCUGAAGUAAAUAACUAUACAUUUGGGACCUGUAUUGCAUUUUUGGUUAUUGACUCAGGAAUUUUUUCAAUUUUAGCUCUAUAUUUAGAUCAGGUUUGGCCUACUGAGUGGGGCGUAAAAAGACCUUGGUACUUUUUAUUCACAAAAACAUUUUGGUGUCCAAGUAAAAAGAAUGCACAUGAAGAUUUAUUUAAUGAAGAAAUUGACUGGGGAGAUAAUGUUGAAAAAGUAGAGGAAGACUUAGAAAAACAAAAAGAAAAUGGUAAAGUUUUGCUUAUAAGGAAAUUCAAAAAAAUAUUUGGUACAAAAACAGCUGUUGAAGAUAUCAGCUUACUCCCCCCCCCCCCCUCCGUGAGCGAACAAAACCAUUAGAAAAAUCGCCAUUUUUUGACCAAAAACCCACCCUCCGUGAGUGAACAAAAAUUUUUUUAAUAGAAAAAAUUUUAAUGGAAAAAAAAUUUUGCUAUAUAAGUGAUAAUUAGUAUAAUGAAAUCUAGAGCUAAUUCUGUUUAAUUUUAAACAAAUUGCGUUUUAAAACAUAAAUUUUGCAAAUUAAAUUAAUAUUUGCUUCCCAAUUUUUGCAAAUUAGGAUUUUUUUUUAAAUUUCGAAAAAAUAUUUUUGUAUAAAAUUUAUAUAUAUAAAUUUUUUUUAAAAAAAAAAAAAUUAACCCCCCUCCGUGAGUGAACAAAAUUUUUUUGUUCGCUCACGGAGGGGGGGGGGGGGAGUUAGAUAUAUAUAACGGACAAAUUUUUGCUUUACUAGGCCAUAAUGGUGCUGGAAAAACUACAACAAUUUCGAUGAUGUGUGGAUUAAUUACAACAACUUAUGGGGAUAUGAAAAUCAAUGGAAAUUAUUUAUCUACAGAUCUUAACAAAAUAAGAAGAUCUCUUGGGGUCUGUCCUCAGCACAAUGUUCUAUUUAAUGAUUUGACACCAGAGGAGCACUUAUACCUUUUCUCUAUAUUCAAAGGAAUGAAGGAUAAAAAAGAAAUAUACCAACAAAUUAAAGAAAAACUUACAGAAGUAGAUUUAACAGCCAAAAAAGAUAGACAGUCUAAAUUUUUAUCAGGGGGUAUGAAAAGAAAAUUAUCCCUUGCAAUGGCUUUGAUUGCUGAUUCUCCUAUUGUAUUAUUGGAUGAGCCAACUUCUGGAAUGGAUUUAACUGCAAGAAGGCAAAUGUGGGAUAUGCUUAAAAAUAACAAGAACAAUAGAAUUAUUAUUCUAACUACCCAUUAUAUGGAGGAAGCAGAUGUUUUAGCAGAUAGAAUUGCUAUUAUGUCUCAUGGAAAACUCCGAUGCCUUGGCAGUUCUCUUUUCUUGAAAAAACGCUAUGGUGUAGGCUAUUACUUAACUAUUGUUAAAGAAGUCGGAGUUGCAAGCAAAACUCAUACCAAGUCAGUGGCAAAUUUCAUACAAGAAUACAUUCCUGAAGCUUAAAAUACAUUAAAAUUGUGUGGUGAGACAGCCUGUCCGCUUGAAAUCUGUAGCCGGGAGACCUGGGGACCUUGUGGAAGGAAGAGUAGCAUUUGUAGACGUGUAUUCGUAGGUUUACAUUAUCUGGCAAAGUGAAACGUCGAGUACACAACACCAAGCUCACAUCCGGAUCAGGGCUUUAACUAGUAGGGAAAUACUUUCGGAUGUGGAAAGGGUUAACCCAGCAAAGUCAGCAUUAGAAUUCAGCAGAUUAUCUAGUAAAUUUCCAGCGCGACCAGGAGUAGCACCCUGGCUGUGAAGUUUAUUACACAAAUAAAAUGGCGACAACACCGACCCGUCCUCUCCCGGAACUGAGACGAAAUUGGGGACCUUGCUGCGGCCUGAAGCCAAUCCGCCCAGGGAAAGGUCUGGAAUGGGUACUGGUAGUUUGUGUCCGGCUAGGUUUCCCUCCCAGUCCAGCAACGACGAUCCUAGGGUCGUCCCGAUAGGACACGGGGCAAAAAGGGUUUUUCCUCUAGGGACUGCUAGUGCCAAUUUGGAGUGCAUGGCGGGAGCCGACAAGAGCUAAGGAGUUAAUCCUUAGCUCUAACCCUAGUCUGGCGGCGUGAAGCACGGUGACCCAGUCCGCCUACUUCCGGGAUAGCAUGACCAAGCUCCAUGACCAGAAGGAGCUGAGUGGUAGCCUGUGGCACUUAGGUGCACACUGGGAGCAGGGCAAGGAAAGCAAGCGAGGCGUCCAAAGGGCGGAAGAAAAGGACCUUCGGUCCUGGCCGGGAGCUACUUUAUAAAUUUAACUAAGACUAAGGCUGUGAAGUUUAUUCUUGGUCGGCAAUCUAAAUUUUUCAAAUUUUCUGGAUAGGCAGCACGAUACGGAGAUGCUCUAUGUGACGAUCAAGCCCAAUCAAUUGGAAUCCGACAACCUGGCUUUAGGGUUUUCCAUUAGGUCAAUUUUAUCCUCCUGAUCGAGAUCUGCAAUAUGACUGAGGACGAAGUGAGUGGAAGAAUUUUGGAACCUUUUCAAUGACGUUUACGUUAUUAACGUUAACUUCUGAAGCUUCAAUUAUGAGUGACGUUCAUGCUGAAAUUUCAUUUCAAAUCCCUAAUUCCAGUUCAAGCAAAUUCACUACUUUUUUCACUGCUCUUGACCAAAAUCUGAAAAAUUUGCAAUUAAGAUCUUACGGUGUCUCUGUAACAACUCUAGAAGAAGUAUUUCUGAGGGUUGCAAGAGGAGAUGAUAAUGAAAUCGCUAAAAAAGAAAACGAAACACAAAGAGAAAAUGAAAACGAUGCUCAGCUAGAAAAUGACUUUGUUUUGUCAAGAGAUAGGCUGACCGGAUCAUUGUUUUUUAGCCAUUUUUACACUCUGCUUAAAAAGAGAGUUUUCUGGUCGAAAAGAGAUUUAAAAAGCUUAGUUUAUGAAAUUUUUGUACCGAUUGUACUUGUCAUAGUUGGUCUAGGGCUAAUGAAGAUUGGAGAUAGUUUCCCUCCUGCUCAUAAGAAGCGGUUAACUGAGUCGUCAUACUCUGAGCCUCAAGAUACAUUGUAUUAUUGACCAGCUGGCGCUAAUGUUGGAGCUUGGUCACAAUAUCAAAGUACUGAAACUGCAAAUAUUAAUGGUACAAUUGAAGGUUUUGAUUAUUUCUUAUUUGAGACCCGUGAUGAUCCUGAGCAUUAUAGAAUGGGCUCGUAUUUUUUGAAAAACAUGGAUACUACUAAUGACCAUUAUCAAGCUGUUAUUUUCCACAAUCAAUCAGCACCUCAAGCAACUGGAGUCUACUACAACAAGCUUUCUAACGAAAUUUUGUCAAAAUAUGGUGUAACAAUAACUGCUUAUAACUACCCUCUUCCUUAUACUAAAAAAGUGGAAGAUCUAAAAGGAGUCGGAGAUGGGUUUUUGGCUUCAAUAGUCUUUUCGCUAGGAUUUAGCUUUAUUCCGACAGGUAUUAUAGCUUUAAUUGUAAAAGAGCGAGAAACUAAUGUCAAGCAUCAGCAUAUGAUUAGUGGAGUUUCAAGGUUUUCUUAUUGGUGCGCUAACUUCUUUUGGGACUCUGUUAAGCAUAUAUUCCCAGGUGUCAUUUGUGCUGCUAUGAUUAAAGCCUUUGGCAUAAAAAGCUUUACUGAUCCUGAUGAAACAUAUGGAGCUAUAUGGGUGCUAAUGCUUCUUUAUGGGAUUUCUAUAGCCCCAUUCACUUAUUUUAGUAGCUUUUUCUUCAAAAAUUAUCCAACUGCACAAGUUGCUACUAUUCUUUUCAACGUUGUUGCAGGAGGAAUUUUCCCAGCAGUUAUACUUGUUCUGUAUUUCUUUGAGUCCACAAGACCUCUCGGUAGAGUUCUUAGAUGAAUUUUCAGACUUAGUCCAGCUUUUUGCUAUGGGAACGGAUUAAUGGAUUUAGGAAGCAUAUCUUCUUACUCAAAUUGGGAUGAAAAAAGCAGUUUAUAUAAAGCAUUUGAUAUAGGCUCAGCUGGGGCUGAUAUUUUAAUGCUUGGAAUAACAGUUCCAUUUUAUUUGUUCCUUGUUUAUGUUCAAGAAUAUUUAGAAACUCAUCCAAAAAUUUUACAAAAAUUCUGGAAAGCUCCUCAUGUUGCUCCUUCUGAGUAUGAAGCUGACGAUGAUGUCGAAAAAGAAGCACAAACUGCUCUAAGUGUCGAUCCUAAGGAUGUUCAAGUCAAUGUUAGAGGGAUCAGAAAAAUCUUCAGACAAGGACUGAAUAAAGCUUUUGCAGCAGUCGAAGAUGUGAGCUUCAAUGUAAGCCAACAAGAAUGUUUUGCAUUCUUAGGAGUGAAUGGAGCUGGAAAAACAACUACUUUCAAAAUGCUUACUGGUGAAAUUGCUCCUACAACAGGUGAUGCUUACAUUUGUGGACAUAAUGUCAUUACUGAACUUGAUAGAGCAAGAGAGUUAAUCGGCUAUUGCCCUCAAUUUGAUGCUAUAUCUGAGCUGCUUACAGCAAGAGAACAUUUGAGAUUAUACUCAGAUAUCAAAGGAAUUCCGAAAGAUAGAAGAGAAGCACUUGUCGAAGAAAUGAUAGAUCAAAUGGAUUUAAGGCAAUAUGCUGAUAUUUUGGCAGGAACCUAUUCUGGUGGCAAUAAAAGAAAACUUUCAGUUGCGAUGGCUCUUAUUGGAAAUCCAACAGUAGUUUUCUUAGAUGAACCUUCUGCAGGAAUGGACCCAGAAACUAGAAAAAAAAUGUGGAAAGUUAUCGGGAAUAUCAAGAAAAAGAAUUCUUCAGUUAUUUUGACGACUCACUCUAUGGAAGAAGCAGAAGCGUUAAGCGAUCGUAUGGCUAUUAUGGUUGCUGGAAGACUUAGAUGUCUUGGAACCGCUACCUGGAUUAAGAGCAAAUAUGGAGACCGUUAUGAAUUUGAAGCAAAAGUGGCCAUUCCAAGCCUUAAACUUAAAAUCAAAUUAUUUCUUGGAUUGUUUACCUAUUGGUAACGCAGCCACCAGCAAGCCCUGCAGGGAAUAUAUCCUCUUUGAAAUGUUGACAGGGCGAACUUGUGGAGCUGGGGGCAUAAUUAACCUGGCGAGAAUAGAGUCGAGUUUCACCUGUCCUCUUCUUCACUGAUUGAUGCCAUGGCUCCUGUAAAGUAGGCUCUAUAUCUCCAUCUCCUUCUUGCCUUGUUGGCUCUAGGAAUACUAUGGACUUCUAUGGCAUGCUGCUUGAGUGUACGAAGGUUGCCCCACAAAAAUAAAAAUGAAGGGGCCGGUUUUCAGCAACAACAAAAAAAUCCAAAGCCCGGAUGUAUCUCUCGGUUUCACGCUAAGGAGUUACCAAUUGAUUUAGACAUUUUCUGUAGACACUGCUGAGCAUCCACUUAUCAACUCUGACAUCCUUUUCCUUCGAAUCCUGAAUUAUAUUGGAGCAAGGCUCUAUACAUUCCCAGAAUAGCUUCGCUAGCAUAGCGUCCAUUACUAGUUUGCAAAACCUGGCCAGAUAUAAAUAAAAUGCUCUAGGGGUUGCAUUGCCGAGACACUAUUUUAUUUAUAAACAUCCCAAGCCAUUUCGAGGUUAAUGAUAAAGCAGUAAGCCUAGAUCGUAUACUUAUGGGAGAGCCAACCAUUAAGCAAAACCAAGUUUUACCAUGUUUAGAAGCCCUUGAUGCAAAAAAUUUAUAUGAAGAAAUUCACGAAAAAGGUGCAGGCUCUGCUUUACAUCAGCAAUUAAAGGUAGAUGGAUAUAUAUCAAGAGACUCUUUAGUGGCUUGGGUUAUUAUUGAAGAGCUUGGCGAUAAAAUUUAUGAAUGGCUUAAAAGUGAAUUCAAAAAAGUCGAAAUUAUUGAACAUUUCUCAUCGCUUUAUAAGUUCAAGAUUGCAAAAGAAGAGGACAAAUCAAUUGGAUACUUUUUCUCAGCAGUCGAAAUGAAUAAAGAAGCUUUGAAAAUUUCUGAGUAUGCCCUGUCUCAAAGUUCUUUGGGUUUAAUCUAUUAAGCUAAUUUACUUUUUUUUUAAUAAUUUUUAUUUUGUGAAAAAUAAUUUUUUUUAAUAUUUAAUAUUAUUUCUGGUUCUUUGGAGCAGAUUUUCAAUGACUUUGCAAGAAAAGGAGAAGAAGCUCAAGCAGGAAUAGUUAGAAGAUACACUCAUGGAGGAUAA